CAGGCGGUUCUCAAGGCCGGCGGUUACGCCUCGCGAGACUACAUGCGUUACCGCGCCGCUUGUCUGGCCGAUCGGGAUCGAUGCGGGCCCGGAAAGUCGCAGGAGAUGAACACCCUCUACCGUUUCUGGUCCUUCUUCCUGCGUGACAACUUCUUCCAGAAGAUGUACAAGGAGUUCCGAACGCUGGCGCGUGCAGACGCCGAGGCUGGUUACCGCUACGGUAUUGAGUGCCUUUUCAGAUUCUUCUCCUAUGGACUGGAGCAAAGGUUCUGGCUUCCUCUCUUCCGUGAUUUCCAGGUAGAACGCCUUUUCCCACAUGCUUUGCUGCCCUUCCACCCACCAGUUUAG